AUGGAGACAAGGCAGGCGAGGAAGAGACGGACCAGCUCCCUCUCCACCCAAGCACCUCGCUCACCAGCCGCCUGCAGAACGACUCGACAGUCCGCCGCAGCGUCUCCCGCCUCGUCUUGCAAAACUCCCCGCCAACCAAGGAAGAAGGUUCGCUUCUCCGACCCCGGUCCGCAGCUGCAAAAUGGCCCAGACUACUCUACGGGAUUGACGCCGGUGAUGCUGCGCACGUCGUUUGAGGAGCCCGCCGAUGCAGAGGGGACGCCCCAGACGCCCAGCAAACGGCUGCGACGGCGUUCCGCGCCGCUUCCGCGAUCGCGUGUCUCGCUCGAUCCGCUGUGGCCGGCGCGGCUGCCCUCGCCAGAGCGAGUCGUGCAGUUCACGCCGCUGCGGCAGAUUCUCGACUCGCGGACGCAGCGGCGAAUCCGCAGAGUGGGACUCAGCGAUGAGAUCAACCAGCUCCAGCGCGAGAAGCGCGAUACUGCGCAGUAUGAAAAGACGCUGCAGUCUUUGCUUCGCGAACGAGACGCGCUGCGCCAUCAGCUCGAGCUGGCCAAGCAUAAUCGGCUGCCUCAGAGUCCUGCGUGCAGCGAGGACAUGCCAUGGGUGCCGCCCCAAGCGCGCAUUGAGAAUUUGGAACACGAGAACAGCAAGCUUAGAGAAGAGUUGUCGUUCUCGUCUGUUCAUAGUGCUUUAAAUCAAUCCGAUGUGGCGAGCACAGAGGCCGAUACUAUCAUUCUCAACGACAGUGCUUUCGACGGGAGUACGAUGCUCAUUUCGAACUCGCCUGAUAUGCGCGGGCUGAGUGGACAUCCGCCAUCUAUUCCCGAUGACAUGUCUUUGCUGGACCAUGGAAUUCCAAAUCCUGAUGUGUGCUUUGGACGCGAUCAGGAUGCAGACGCUAUCGCUCUGUCAGCGGACCUGGAAGCCGCAAAAUCAGAGAAGAAAGAGCUGUUCAAUUCAUUUCGAAGUCGUCUCUCUGCAUUCGUGGGUACACCUCUUGAGAGUCAUUUGCGACAGUCAUCUCCGCCUCCAGACUUUCUCGAGCGCUUUCUACCGACUCUCACAGAGGUCCUCACUCGUGCUUCGGAUGCUACCAGCGCACUAUCUACAGUCCAACAAGAGCUGCGCGACCUAGGGUUCUCGGGCAGUAAUGUCGACGAGAUAAUCGCUCAAAUGCGCGAUCGUUUUCGCUGGGCGCGUCUUCGACUUGAACGUGCCGUUCCCGGUGAGACGCCCAGCGCGAGCUUGCACAACGGAAAUAGCACCCUCAGCGCUCUUGUGGCGCGGGUCGAGCUACUCGUCCAGAGCUUAGACGAAGAGCAGAAGAUGCACGAGGCAGCGGUCGGCCGUGAAAGGACCUUGCGUGGACACUUCAACGCUGCGCUGGCGCGAUACGAGACUGCGGCGAAGAAAGUCCAGGAUCUCGAGGAGUCGAUUUCGUCCUCCGCGCGCGACAUGCUGCAUACGAGAAUGCGGAUGCAAGAACUCGAAAACGAAGGCAAAGAACAAGCCGUUGGGAUUGACAGAUUGAAUGCAGCACUUACCACGUACCGCACCGAAGUGACGAACUUGGAGACCCUCAUUACCGAGCUGGAGGAGAACCACCGCCAGCAGGUAUCCCAGCUGAAAAGCCAGAUCGACGAAGAGGAAAAGGCUCGUCAUGCAGCUGAGUUGAGUGCUACCGAGCGAGAGGCACGCAUUCACGAACUGGAGGAGACCGUCGAAAAUAACCGAUUCUCCGUGUGCGACUUGACCGCAAAGGUCGAACUUCUCGAGAAGGAGCGCCAAAAGGCCGUCGAAGGUCUAGAGAAACAAGCGAUGGAACAACAACAGGAGAUAGGAGUGAUGAAUGUCCGCGUGUCAGAACUGACUACGUCGCUGGAAGCCGCCAAAUCGGAGGCUGAGAAACUUCGUCUGAGUAACUCGGGACUCGAAGAGCAGCUGCGCUUGGAAAUCAGAGCUCGGGAUAGCUUGUUAGACCGGUGGGCUGCGGACCAGGCGCGGUCAUUCGCCUACAUGAAGGAAACGGUCAAUGCGGAGCGGCGAAAGGCAAAGGUGCGCUCGGCCAAUUGGCAGAUGAAGUCGGACGAGCUGCAGUCCGACGAUGUCCACGCCGGCAGUGAGCCCAUAACUCCUGUUAGCAUGACGCGGUUCGUCGACGUGGAAGUCGGUCGCGGUAAACAUCGCCGGCGACUAGACAGUGGAAUUGGCAUCCUCACGGACGACUUGCUGGCAGAAGACGUGGAAGAGACAGGCGAGAUUCCGCCUUCUGACCCCGCUGAUCUAUAA